AUGGAGAUUCUUUCCAAAUUUCUAGCUGAAAAAUCUACCCAUCCUGAUUUUAAGUUCCAUUGGAGGUGUGAUAAAACUAAAAUUAUGAAUCUGUGUUUUACAGAUGACCUUAUGAUUUUCUGCAAAGGGGAUGUGUUUACUGUUUCGGUAAUUAAGGAAGGGUUAGAUGAAUUCCAAAGCCUAUCUGGGUUGUCUCCAAGUCCCCAUAAGAGUCAUAUUUUUUUCUCGGGGUGUGAGAAGAAUUUGCGUGUCGAGCUUCUUAAUGUCAUCAAGUUUAAUGAGGGUGUAUUACCGGUGAGAUAUCUAGGUGUUCCUUUAAUCUUAACUAAGUUGAAAUCUAGUGAUUGCGACAAACUUGUCGAGAGAAUUACAAAUAGAAUCAAGAGUUGGACUAACAAAUGUCUUACAUAUGCUGGUAGAGCUCAAUUGAUUCAAUCCAUUCUCUUCUCGAUGCAAGUGUAUUGGUUCUCGUUGUUUAUCCUCCCAAAGAAGGUUGUCAAAUCUAUUGAGAGUCUCUUUAGAUCUUUCUUUUGGUCUAGUUGUGAGCUUAGGAAAUAUGGGGCUAAAGUGUCUUGGGAGCAUGUCUGCUCCCUCAAAUCUGAAGGGGGUCUUGGUUUUAAAUCCAUAGAGGUGUGGAACAAAGCUGCAGUGGCCAAGCAUAUCUGGUUUCUUUUCUUCGGAGGAGAGCAGUCUAUGUGGUGCCAGUGGGUGAAAUCCUAUUUACUUAAAGGUCAGAGUCUAUGGAGGGUUAAAAUGCCUAGUGACCCUUCUUGGGUCUGGAGGAAAAUUCUAUCCCUUCGUCCUGUCAUUUACCCUUUGAUUUUGCACAAAAUUGGGAAUGGGGGUGAUGUUUUCUUAUGGUUUGACAAUUGGCAUCCUCUUGGAUCUUUGUGGGGGAGGUUUGGUGCUAGAGUUGUCUAUGAUACUGCCUUUGGGAUGGAUGCUAAGGUUAGUAGGAUUGUUAAUAAUCGUUCUUGGAGUUGGCCUAGGAGAAGGAGGAGCUUCUUACAGGAGUUGAUUGAGCACACUCCGCUUACGUUUACUCCCAACUCUGGUAAUGAUACUGUUAUUUGGGUGUCGUCUUCUGAUGGUAAAUCUCUUAGUGCUGUGGUCACAAGACUUGCAUUUGCUUGUACUGUGUAUCAGCUUUGGAUUGUUAGGAACAAUUUCAUAUUUAGAAAGGAAAAGAUUCCUGAAGAGAUUGUGAUUAAAGGCAUUGGGGAUAUGAUUAGAUUUCGAGUAAUGUCUAUUACUAACCUCAAAUUGCAUCCUAGUGACAGUUGGUACAUGGAUAAGAUGGAACUGCUAACUGUGAGUGAUAAUAACCAAUCUCAGUACAUGGAUCUGAAGUUUUUUGAGUGGAGUGAGAAUCUAAAUUGUGUGUUGAGUGAUGUGAGCUGUUCUUAUUGGAACAAUAGGGACACGGUUUGUGGAUGUAGGAUUGUGCGAGGCUCCCCUAAUCAAUGGAAGCACGGUUUAAUACAUUAUGCGGCUGUAAAAUGGGGAAUCACUAAAAUUCGAAAGCAUGGAAACAAGUUGUUGGCUGCUGGGAGCGCCGAUGGUGUCAAGAAAUGUGUUCCAAGAAUACGUCUCUUUAUGGUGCUGGUUGCUGCCGUUGGUUUAUUGUAA